AUGGCGCUCCAGACUCAUUGCCUCCUGGUCCUGCUGGCGGUGGCCCGAGUGACAGGCCGCGUGCAGUGGAAGCCGAAUCCAGUCUCCCAGAUACCCAAGCCGUCCAUCGAGUUCUUCACUCAAAAGCUGGACCACAUGAACUUUGCGGACCAGCGGACGUUUUCGCAGCGCUACUUUGUUCACAACGCCAGCUUCCGCGAGGGCGGCCCCCUGUUCUUCUACACCGGUAAUGAAGGUCCCUUGGAGUCCUUCUACUACAACACAGGAUUGCCCUUCGACUGGGCCGACGAGUUCGGAGCGCUCAUCGUCUUCGGAGAGCACAGGUACUACGGGGAGACGCUGCCCUUGGGCAACGCCUCCUUCGACAAGGACAAGCUCGGGUACCUUUCCAUCAGUCAAGUCCUGGCUGACUACGCGCUGCUGGUCACACAUCUGAGCGCGUCCUACGGCUUCAAGGGCGUUGUGGCCAUGGGUGGCUCCUAUGGCGGGAUGCUAUCUGCCUGGGCAAGAAUCAAGUACCCCAAUGUCUUCGACAUGGCGCUGGCCGCCUCCGCGCCCAUCCCACAAGCAGUGAACCUUAUCGAAGACAAAGCCACGUUCUACAAGUUGGUGACGGAGGACGCGAGCAAAGCAGACCCGAAGUGUCCGGAUGUGGUCCGCUCCGCAUUCGCCAGCGUGGUUCAGAAAGCCAGCAGCGCAGAAGGCCUCAAAGAAAUCAGUGACACGUUCCAGCUCUGCCACACCAUGAACGCCUCCGAGCUGGAUCACUUCCUCCAGUAUGCCAGGAAUGCAUGGACUGAGAUGGCCAUGUGCAAUUAUCCCUACCCGUCAUCCUUCCUCGCGCCUUUGCCGGCCUGGCCAGUUGCCGCGGCGUGCGGCAAGGUGGUGGGAGCAAAGACUCCGAUGCAAGGCUUGGCAGACGCUGUGGCAAUGCUCUACCGGCAGCCGAACAUGACCUGCUUUGACAUGUACUCGAUCUUCGUGGAGUGUGCCGACCAAACUGGGUGCGGCACAGGGAAAGCAGCAACUGCCUGGGACUAUCAGAUGUUACUCCCGGGUCUAGAAGAAGGUACUGAGAUCUUCUACGAGCAGAACACGAACAAUGAUCCGGGCACUGAGUAA